CCAUUUUCUCCAUUCUAAAAAAACUGCUGACGAUGCUUUUCAUUAAUUUACGGAAGAUAACAGUUUUCGAAUUUGAUACGUGGUAGUACUUGUCAGUAUUUUGACAUCGGUGAUACGCGGCCAAUGGAACACUGAAUAUAUGGGCGGGUAUAACAGUAGUAGGCGCUUUUUGUGAAAAUCUGCACUGAGCAAAUUAGUUCAGCUAGUGCGAAACUCAAGAAUGGUCGUGUGAAAGACCGUCAGAAAGUGAACUUGACAGCAGUGGCGAUGGAAUGCGCAAGCGACAGCACGGUGCAGCAGUUGGAUUUCUCGAGCUGCGGAGAGGACGGUAGUGAUAGCAGUUUGGACGACUGGGGCACCAGAAGCAUCCGAAGCCCUGAAUCAAUUUGCAGGACGCCCAAAAUACCGCGUCAUCGAUCCCGGAGCUCCGUGACUCCCUCUGUAUUUCCUACCACUCCCUUACGCUGCGCGUGGAAAAAGCUCAGACUCUGUGAUUCACCCAGCACACCGAAGAGCCUGCUUUCCAAGUCUUCCCUGUCCAGCUCCGUUAGCAAACCGUGCAGUAGUCAGAGGACUCUGCACUUCACCAGGGCAAGUGAUCCCACCCGACAUAGCCCUGUGCCCUCUGUCAAUGUGAAUCCCUUCACUCCAAACACAUUCCGCAGAGCCAGUGAGACGCUCAAGAGGAAAGGGUGGGGAAGUGAUGAAGAUGAUCAACUCAGGGACAAGGAAGAUCCAACUUCAUCAGAUGAGGACGAUGAAACAUUUCUCCCAUCAAAGAGGCCGGCUGUGCAGGCCUCCAUGUUGUCGCGGUAUGAGAGCGAGUUCCUGGAGCUGGGUCGCAUCGGCAUAGGGGAGUUUGGCGCUGUGUACAAGUGCGUGAAAAGGUUGGAUGGCUGUCUGUACGCCAUCAAACGUUCUCGCCGCCCACUGGCUGGUUCAGCCAAUGAGCAGCUGGCCCUGAAGGAGGUGUACGCCCAUGCUGUGCUAGGGCAUCACCCACAUGUAGUGCGUUACUACUCUGCAUGGGCUGAGGAUGAUCACAUGAUCAUCCAGAACGAGUACUGUGAUGGUGGGAGCCUUUAUGAUGCUAUUGCAAAAAAGGAAAAGCAAGGGGCGCUGUUCCUGGAGCUGGAGCUGAUGGACCUGCUGCUCCAAGUCUCUAUGGGCCUCAAGUACAUCCACAGCUCUGGGCUUGUGCACCUUGACAUCAAACCCAGUAACAUAUUCAUCUGUCAACGGCUCCCUGCGAACACUGCUGCUGAGGGAGAGAGUGAGGAAGAGGAAGAUGGAAUCCCAUCCACAAGGGUGCUUUAUAAAAUUGGUGACCUCGGUCAUGUGACGUCCAGCAGAAGCCCACAGGUGGAGGAAGGGGACAGUCGCUUCCUGGCCAUUGAGGUUCUGCGUGAGGACUACACUCACCUGCCCAAAGCGGACAUCUUUGCCCUGGGCCUGACACUGCUGCUAGCGGCCGGGGCGCCCCCACUGCCAUCAAAUGGAGAAGAGUGGCACAGGCUGCGCCAGGCCCACCUGCCUGUUCUGUCCCAGGAGCUCUCACCGGCUUUCCAAAGCCUCAUCCAGAUGCUGCUGCGUCCUGAGCCAAACCUGCGCCCCUCCGCAUCAGCGCUGUGCAGACAUCCCCUCCUGCGCAGGGAAGGUGCGCAGAAAAUAGCUUCACAGCUGCGCAAGGAGCUGAAUGUGGAGAGGUUCAGGACUGCCAUGUUGGAAAGAGAGCUGAAGGAGGCCCGUAUGGCAGCUGUGUCCCCACAGCAGCCCCUCCACGCUCUGGUGCAGCAGUCCGCUCACGGCGGGUCGCUUCCCAGAAUGGGCAACAGAGUGGUUGGGAGGAAUGCUGCCAGGUCCAUGAGCUUCGGCUGUCCAGGGUACUGACCAGAACCGGACCGUAGCAUGCGGACUUCUUUCAGCCUGACGGGACCUAUGCUUCUCUGAAGCCCAUAACAUGGUACGGCGAUGCCUGGACACAGCACUGCACAUUCUGGCAGGGGACUGUUUUGUGUCUACAUGCCAGCUUUCCACAAAGAAUCAAGGUCACAGCCACCUGUAGCAAUGUGAGCACGGUGUUGCAGAACGCUGAUGAAUGCGUCCUUUCCUUUCUGUGACUCUUUACACUUGGAACUGGAACACAGCAGAGUCCAGUGGAGAUUAAGGCCAGGAAUGAGGGAGAGGGUGGAGUGGGAGAAGGCAGAUAAGCUCUGGAUAAAAAGCAUAAACUCAUAGCAGAUGCUUAUUUAUGUUUUCUUUACUGUUUGUGUACCAUUAGUGCAAAUCUGAUUUUGUCCAUCUCCCAUUUUAAAGAGUGGCCUCACUGUUUGUGGGAGAGUUAUUUUCAUCUAGCCUGAAGCACCAAGGCAUGUUUUACUUGUAUCUCCAUACCUAUAUUAUGAUCCUCCAACUACUCAUUCGGUGAGCAGUGUGUUCUGCAGAAUCAUAGCCAGUAGUGGUUUUCUCUGCUGUGUGGGCAAGCGUGCAGGCUGCCCUGACUACUAAUUAGCACUGCUGAAUACCUCACACUGUGGAAUAUCCUCUCACUGCUGUAUACUUCACACUGGAAUACCCACACACUGCCGAAUGCCUCUUGAGAGAACGAGUUAAGUGAUCUGUCUGUUUUUCAAGUGUGUUUUUAAGUGGCCUCUAAAUUUCUGUAACUGUAAAUAAAAGUUUUACAUUUGUUUUUAAAUUGAA